AUGGCGAUGCUUCGGUACAGGCCCUCUGUGCAUUCCGGCGCUCCAUCCGUUGGACCUAUCUCUCGAUUUACUCAGUUCUUCCUGUUUGUAAUAUUCGUCUUUCUGACCGGCGCGCUCCGGGCCGAUAAUGACCGUCAGAUCUCUCUAUCCGAAGCAGCAACCUACGCACGAGAUUCGUCGAAAGCAGCUCGGCCGAGCAUCAACAGCCUCGCUUUCUCCGGCUCUGCUUCCGCGACAUUCGCCGCGAAGGCUGCAGGGGAUUUGCGAAAAGAGUCUCGAACGGACGGCGCCUUACACAUACGACAAUCCUCACCGCCACCGCCAUUGCAGCCCAUAGGAGACGCCCAUUCCCCGGAUUCCUCCAUAGACGCGCAAGCACCACAUAGCAAAGACGCCAGUCCGAGAGACUCACCUAAAACAGACACCGUUUCAAGAGAUAAGAAGCCGCAGCGAGCUAAGGGUAGAAUAAAAAGCCGACAGAAACCCGCAGCAGCCGCAGCACCUGCAGCACCCGCGCCUGCUGAAAAUUCCGGAGCGGCAUCGACGAGACUAAGUGAUUCGAGCUACCCUAGGCUAGGUGACAUCAGCCUGCCGCCGAAUGCGCCGGAAGGUGCGCUGGCGAUGUUCGAAGCGGAUUUGAACACGCCGUCGCUAUGGGAGCUCCCGGGAGGGCGCAUUAUACACCCCGUUUGGAUGCAGAAUACAAUGCCGUGGCCCGUUACAAUCACUGACGUACAAUCGAAAGUGGAUGUGUUUAUAUCGGGGGAAGACGGUCCAAUGGAGCUUCCGCCCGGUUCUAGAAGCGAGGUGAAGAUAACGGUGGGAGGGGUGGAGCUGGGAAUGGAAGACGACACGUGGUCAUACCUGCGUGACGCUAUAGGGAGUGAUAUUAUAGUGAAGCCAGGGGGAACAGAGGAGGUGCUGGUGAUAGAGGCGGUUCAUGGAGACGUUGGGAGGCUGUCGUUAAGUAUUUUUCUUAAAGUCGAGGCGCACGCGGAUUGCGACUGUGAGUAUCUGCUGCUGCCCAUCGAUCUGACGACGUCGCCAGGUGGCGUCGUCUCAAUGGCGGAUGAGAUCGACUUCGGCACGCUGACGUCAGUGCGGGAGACGGUGAUCCGCCACGUGGAAUUGGGGAACGUGGGCAGCACGAUGGCGGCGGUAGAAGACGUCCGGCUCGCGGUCAGAGACGAACUUUUGCAAGCUGCCCGUUUUCGCAAAGGACAGCAGCUGCCGCCUGGGAAGGUUGUGCAAGUAGCGGAGCUGAAAUACGCAGGCUAUAGCUUGGCUACUUCGGGAGGUUUAAGCGGGAAAGCAGGAGGAGGAGGGGGAGGGGAAGGAGGUCAAGAAAGCGAGGGUUUUACACGUAGGGGGCGGGUAGUGGUGCAGACGACGCAGUCAAGCCCGUUGAUUGUAGAGGUGCCGUUUAAAGCGCGGAUAGUCCUUGGUAGCGUAACAGUGGAGCCUGUCGAAAACACCGUCUUUAUCUUCGCAGCAGCACCUGAGAAAGAGAAGCAGCAGGAGGGAGAAUUUUCCGGGCAGCCCGGGGGAGAAAACAUUGGGUUCGUUCGAUCUGCGGUGACCAAGGAGUUGGUCCUGCGAAAUAAGUUUUCCUGCCCGGUGCUUGUAUAUGAUGCGUUCUUCUCGCACGACUGCAUUCAGGCCAAGGAUUUCCCGUCCUCUCUGCUUCCCCCUGGCGGCUCCAGCAAACCGUUUCUUCUGCAGCUGAAUCCGGAGAAGCUGCCGCUGUCACUCACUAUAGUGAACUUCACUAUAGCAACAAAUGUGAGCGAUAUGGUUGUGCCCCUGCAAGUGCUGCCUGGCGACGUUAUCCACAUGGAGGAGAGGGAGGCAAGGCGCGCCCCGGUGCCUGUUGCUCUGUCGUCUGCUCUCCCGUCCUCCCAGCAUCAUAUUUUCCAUCUCCCGGUUAGGUUACACCUGCAAACGCUUGCUAGAUCAUCUGUGGAGGGGGGAAAAAGGGACGGCGGGAUAGGCGCAGCAGGAGGGGAGCGCGCAGGCACAGCAGGCGUAGGAGGAGCAGGCGUAGGGGCAGGAGGGGCAGGAGGGGGAGGCGGGGGAGGAGGCGUGAUGAAAGGAGCGGGAAUGAGGAGCAGUGGCAGCGGCAGCAGCGGGAGUACGGCUACAGCUGUUACUGCAAAGCCAUCGCUGGUGCUUAAAAGCCCACGUGCAGGCGAGGAGGUGGUUUUAGAGUGCGAGAAUUGCGGACUGUUCAGCAUUCCAGAGUUUCAUACUGCGGAAGUGACUGUAGAGUUGGCUCCUGUAACGGAAGGAGCAGGGUCGGAGCUGCUGGUGCUUGAAACGAAGCACCAAAUAGUGAAGCUUGAUCUCAGAUACGCAUCGUUUCGAGGCGAGAUUGCGGUUUCUCCGAAGCUUCCGCUCGUGUUCCCGUCGCUCUUUCCAGGAAAGGCCCACAGGAUAAAGCUCUUUGCCAACAGCAGCUUCCCUCAUCCCCUUGCUGUGACCGGAAUUAGGGUUUCGGAUUCUAGGGUUUCCGCUGAUCUUAAGACUUCUGUGCUGGGGCCAUCUAAUGAAACGGAGUUGGGAGACCUUGUAUUUUCCAUGCCCUUGCGCGAAACCUUUGUGACCGCAAGCGGAGGUGCUUCUAACGGGAACGAGAGUUGGGGGCGAAUGCUGGAGAGACUGCAAGACGGCGGGAGGAGGAGCCCAGACCGUGAUAAUAACGAGGGGAUGGACCCGUGGAGUGAGGGUGUGACUAUAGAGGAGCGGGAAACGGCACAGGGGAGGCUGGACGAGUGGACGCGCGUGGUGCGCGCAGGCGAGAAUGUGAUUGUAUCCUCUUUAGUUCUUGAAACGGAGGUGAUGGAAUCGGAGGCAGUGGAGGUGAAAGGCGUACUGGCGAAGCCUCGAGUGGUGUCUGAAGCUUCGUCUAGUUUGCAGUUUGGUCGGGUGCAGGUGGGAACAGCAGCAGGGGAGAUGAUUUUGGUGCAGAACCCGAGUGAUUACCCUGUGCGCGUGCGGCUGGUGAUGGAUGAACCGUCGGGAUUUAGGGUUUGUGGGAAUGGGAACGGUGGAAAUGGCUAUGCCUCUCACUUGAGCGUUCCCUGGCUUGGUUUUGGGGCACCUUGGCUUGGCUUGGGUGUAAGGAAGGAGAGCGAGGAGGGUGGGGCGGGAUUUUCCUUGGCGCCGGAUGCUGUGACGGAUUUGAUUCUGCCACCUGGGUGGGAGGGGCGGCUGGGGCCGGUGGUUUUCCGGCCGGAUGCUACCGGGUGUGUGUAUAACGGAUCAGUCUAUGUGCGGAACAAUCUGACGUUAUUGGAGGAGGUGAGGAUGGUGGGGGAAGGGGGAUCGGGGGUGCUGCAUGUGAUAGGCAGCAGAGGGCCUGAGAUGCUUCUAAUGGUGAAUGUGACUGAAGAGCAUGUGCUUGUAAAGGAGCGAAGGGGGAGGAGGCUGGUGGGAGCAGCAGGGGGGGCUUAUCCGAGGUUUUAUGUGACUGAAGUGGAGAGCAGUGUAGGAAAGGUGAAAUGGCCGGUUGUGGCCGAGCGGAAGUUUAAGCUGGUUAACCGGGGCGAUUUACCCUUGAAAAUCACGAGUAUGAGCCUGCACGGGGGCAAAAGCAAGGUCGUGUGUUCCCUCCGCGGAUUCUCCAUCCAUCCAUGCGAGCCCUUCACGCUCACCCCAGGCCAAUCCAACCCUCUGCUCCUCUCUUUCACACCGGAUCUCACCUCGACUGUCGUCCGCGCCGUCCUCCAUAUAGAGUCAUCCGCUGGUGCGCACGAGCUGCCAAUCCGAGGGUACAUUCCGCGGAACCUCGCAGUGAUUGCAAUAGACGCGGAGCCUAGGCAUCCCAUGGACUCAGUCAUGAAAGCUGUAGUGGCUUCGAUGCUGGUAGCGAUGUUUGGGCUGCUGGUGCGGGCGGCUGUGUCUCAGCUUACUCUCUUCCCGUCCCCGUGGUUCCCCGGGUUCUCUGCUGCUGCGGCGGCGGCGCUGACUAGAAGGCUGCAGAAGAAGCAGAAUGCGCUUCUGCUGGCGAAUCAGCUUCAUGGCUCUGCUGCUGGUGGGGGAGGGGGAGGGGGAGGGGCACCGGGAGCGGGAGGGGCAGGGGGAGCGGGAGGGGUGGGGCUGGUUGGGGGAGUGGGGGUUGGCGGGGUGGGAGGCGGAGGUUUUGCAGCAGAUGCGGAGACGCGAGCGCGAGUGGUCAGGGUUCGAGUCUCAGUGGCGCCGAUUCCUGCAGGGAGAGGGCAGGGAGGAGAAGCGGGUGGAGGGGUGAGUGGGGUUGUAGGGAUGCCAGUAGGGAAGGGGCACGAUGGCCCUAUGGGGGAUUCUGGACCGUCCUGGGUGGUAACCCGAGUGGAGAAGGUUACAGAUGGGGCGGAUGGGGAGGAUGAUGGCGUUACUGAUGCUGAGAUUGGGCUUGGGCUGGAAACGGUGCUGGCAGUGCGGAAGCAGCAUAUGGAGCAACUGCAGCAGCAGCAGCAGCAGCAGCAGCAGCAGCACCAGCAGCAGCAGCAGCAGCAGCAGCAGCAAAAGCAGCAUGCGGGUUUAUCAAGUCAACAGGCGUCAAGGGUGGUCCUGAAUGCUCCCCAGGCGGUGGAGCAAGGGAAGAAGCACACAGGGCAGAAGCCCGAGUCUGUAGCAGGUCAGAUGGUAUCCCAGCAGCAGCCGGAGCAGCAGCAGCAGCAGCAGCAGCAGCAGCAGGUGGGUGUUGAUCGUGGGGCAGGGAAGAGCGAGGUGCUGAUUGCAGGAGAGGCAACUGUGACAGCGAUGCCAGUGGCAGCUGGUAAAGCAGCACGGAAGAGUGUAGACUUAGGAACAGCAGGGGUGUUUGCGCCAGGAGCAGGUUUAACUGGGGGAGGCAUAGCUGUUGCAGGUGGGGUGGGAGGGGAGGCACCUGAUUCAGCACGAGCGUUUGUGAAAUCCGCUUCUGUCCCUUCAGGUAGAAAUAAGAGCAGCCAGAAAGAGGCUGAUACCGUUGCUUCUGCUUGCGGUGCUGCUGCUGUGACUGACACGCUGGCUGCCGCUGCUGCUGCUGUGAUGGAGGGGGGUACUGGGAGUGAUAAGGCUGGGAAGGAGGGAAGUGGGGCGGCUUGGAUUCCUGGUGCGUGUAGCAAGGGGGGUGAUGGUAAAGAGGAGAAGAAGCAGCGUGGAAAGAAGGGGAAGGAGGAGAAGAUGAGAGAAAGGGAGCUGGAGAGGGAGAAGGAGAAGGAGAAGGAGAAGGAGAAGGAAAGGGAGAAGGUGAGGGAGAAGGAGAAGGAAAAGGAGAAGAAACAGGUGGAGCUGGAGGGCCAUUGCGAGAGGGAGUCAGGUAAGUCGAAGGAGGAGACUGAGAAGGAGAAGGGAUUACAGAAGGAAAAGGAGCACGAGAUUGGGCUGAAGAAGGCUCAGAAGGAGGAAGGAAAGAAGGGGAGAGUCAAGGAGAAGGAGAAGGAGAAGGAGAAGGAGAAGGAGAAGGAGAAGGAGAAAGAGAAGUGUGCAGAGACUGACGGGGUGAAUGAGAAGGGAUCAAAGACUGGAAGUUCAGAGAAGAACGGAGACAAGAAGGGAGAGGAUGGGAAGGGCGGGAAGGAGGAGGAGAAGAAGGCAGGAGUGGCUGAGAAGCUGGGUGCUGUUGACAGGAAGAUUGCAGAGGAGAAGCAAGCUGCUGCUGCCACUGGUGCUGGUGGUGCUGGGGGAGGUACAGGGGUUGCUGCAGCUUCAAGGAGUGGGGUGCGGUUGGAAGGUUCUUCAGGAGGUGGGCUGGCGGGAGCAGGUGAUGAUGACACAGCUGUGUACGACUUGUGGGGUAACCAUUUCGAUCACCUGGCGUCAUUUGGGUCAUCCCCACACCCGGCAGGCAUCUCCCACCCAUCGAGCCUCUUCUUUUCAGACCGAGGCUUUCUAACCGCCUCUCCUCCUCCGCCGACCGCCUCCUCUGUCCCCCACUCCUCGGGAAUCCUCGGGCCUUCACUCAUUCACGGCUCGCCCUCCUCUCCUCGCUCCCCGCGCGUGAUUGCACCACCUGCCAGAGCGAGGGAUGCUCUGUCACCCCCUCGUGACCAGUAUCUCUUCUCCUCUGCCAUCUCUGGUACUCCCGAGGCUGACGGCCUUCCCCGCCGCCCCUCCACUGAGCUCUUCUCCUCUCCUUUUGGGGGGUUUUCUCUCUUUCCUACUACGUCAUUGUCUGCUUCUUCGCCUGGGGAUGCUGUGCUAGGCCCUCCUUCCAGGUCUGCUUCUCCCGCCCCGUAUGGAUACCCGGAUCGAGGGGGUGGGUUGGGAGCAGGAGGUGUGGGGUCGGGAAGCGAAGGUGCGGUUACUGCUGGUGGGUUGUUUGGACAAGCUUCAGGGGAUGCAGGGCUGCAGGGUCCUGUGAGCUCCCCGUUUGGGUUUGGGGUUUCAGGAAUCGACAUGGAGGCGUAUUUGAAUGGUGGGGUUGCAGCGGAUGCUGGCAGCAGCCCUGCGUUUAUGAGGACUUCGGAUGUGGAGUCGUUCUGGUCGCACGGAGCUCCAGAGCAAGCGCUCCAUGCGCAUAUUUCUUCUAGCGGAGAGAGCGAUGACACAAGCACGCAGCCGUGA